AUGGUCGGAUCCUUGAUCGUGAACCGCCGCAAAGACUCCAACCGAAGCUCGAUGGCAUUAUUAAGCGACUUCGAUUCUGGUUACAAUGCAAGCAUACUGGAGGAUGGUGAUGCACAUGGGAGCGGUGAUAUUCACACCAAGUCCGAGACGGUAUGCGGGAUCACUAUUAAGACCCAAGACACAUCUCGCUGGGCGCAUCAUAUCCACAGCAGAAUCUUGCAAAAGUUUCCUUUCCUCGUCGAGAUGUUUUACUGGAUUAUGAACUACCUGUUCUAUUCAGUGACGAAAGGCAUGGCACAAUGGCUAUCACCGGCCCAGAUAGGCGUUGUUCAAGUGGCGCGAGAGCACGCCCUCAGUAUCCUCGACUUUGAGCAGCACACUGCAUCUUGGUUUUUUCCCAUUAAGGAAGUGGAUUUCCAAUCGUUUUUCAUUAAAUAUCACCCGUCGAUUUUGACCGUUUUCAAUCGAAUUUACUCAUUAGUUCAUAUCCCAGGUACUGUGAUGUUCCUUUCCUGGUACUAUUACACUGCUAAAAACCAUUCAACCUUUGCCGUCGCCCGCCGGACAAUGACUCUUGGAAACCUCGCCGCCUUCUUGAUCUUCUGCGUCUACCCAUGCAUGCCUCCCCGGUUACUUCCCGAGUCAUAUGGAUUCUACGAUACCGUGCGACAAGGCAACGCUGAAAGCGUAUGGGUUGGGGGAAAAUCCGUAAACCAGUUUGCGGCCAUGCCCAGUCUUCACUUCACCUAUGCUUUUGUGAUAGGUUCCACCUUUUUCUAUCACUCCGGAUUCCUGCAAAGACUCCGUGGCAAGACAUCACCCAAGUCGAAAGUCACUGAAUUCGGAUUCCUGGCUCUUGCUAUAUUUUACCCCAUUCUUGUCCUUAGUGUCAUCGUUGCCACUGCAAAUCAUUACUGGUUGGAUGCUGUUGUAGCGAUUUUCACAGUCACUCUGUGUUACCGCUGCAACAGAGUGCUUCUGCUGCUACUUCCUCUCGAGUAUGCAUUUUGCUGGGUCUUGCGUUUGGCGAAGCCUGUACCUACCACGGGGGAUAGAGGCAAAAGAUGGGCUUCAGAUAUAAGUUGA